AUGGGCCCCGUUGGUUCGGUAAUUAUUGGGCCAAUCAUGCGUGCUGCUAUGAUGAUCAUCUCAGUACUUCAAAGUGAGACUAGCCUGUUCCCAAAGAAAAAAAAUAUAAAAAUGGUCUUGCCAAGAUCAGUGGCGAAGCUUCUGCACCAUCGUCUCAGUUCCGAGUUUGCAGGCCUGGAUAAGAGCAGCACCCUGCUGCAACUGCAACCUGGGCAAAACGAGUCCAUCAAGUACAAGGUGUUUGCUGGUACAUGGAAUGUGGGUGGCAUUGCGCCGCCAGAUGAUCUGGACCUCAAGAACUGGUUGGACUUGGACACCACGGCAGGAUCCUGCGACAUAUAUGUUCUUGGGUUCCAAGAAAUCGUGCCAUUGAAUGCGAGGAACGUGCUUGGCCCUAAGAAGAGAUCGGCGGCCAUGAAGUGGAACUCCCUCAUAGCUGACGCACUGAACAACACGAGAAGAAGAAGAAGACAAGGAGGAGGAGGAGGAGCCAUGUCAGGAAGCAGAGAAGCGGCGCAGUCACAACGGCACCAAGACCAGGAUGUGUUCAGGCGCGUCACGAGCAAGCAGAUGGUGGGCAUCUUCGUCUCGGUCUGGGCGAGGAGCGCCCUCCGCCGGCACGUCCGCCACCUCGCCGUAUCCUGCGUUCGUGCCGGCGUCCUCGGCCUGCUCGGCAACAAGGGGGCGGUGACCGUCCGGUUCGUGCUGCAAGGAACGAGCUUCUGCUUCGUCUGCUGCCACCUGUCCUCCGGUAGCGACGAGGGCGACGUGCUGCUCAGGAACGCCGACGUGGGGAGCAUCCUCUCGCGGACAAGGUUCCACGGCCGUGGCAGCACGGAGGCAGAGGCGUCGCAGGAGCUGCCCCUGCCCAAGAAGAUUCUUCACCAUGACCGCGUGGUGUUGCUCGGCGACCUCAACUACCGGAUCGCCAUGGAUACGACGACGCUGGUGAGGACCAGGAAAUGGAGCAUGUUGCUGGAGAACGACGAGCUGCUGCUGGAGCUCUCCAAGGGCCGGCGGUUCGACGGCUGGCACGAGGGCCUCGUCACCUUCGCCCCAACCUACAAGUACCACCGCAACUCCGACAAGUUCUACUGGUGCGCGGACGGCGCCGAUAGGGGCCGCCAUCGGAAUUCGAAGCAGCACCGCGCGCCGGCAUGGUGCGACCGUAUCCUUUGGCGCGGGGAUGGGAUGAUGCAGACCCGGUACGAGAGCUGCGGCGGCUACCGGCUCUCUGACCACCGGCCAGUGAGGGCGGUGUUCCACUCCGUGUGCGAGGUCGCUAAAUAG